AUGGUGUUUCAUGUUCUCUUUCAAUGUGGUCAAGAAGAGUCAGCGUCUUUGCCUCCUAGUACUUUGGUAGAAUCACUUAGGUACGCUGUGACAACGUCUUUUGGGAGCAUAUGUUAUGGUUCUCUCUUCACUGCUGCUAUUAGAACACUUCGCUGGGAGAUAAGGGGACUCCGGUCCAAGAUUUGUGGAAACGAAUGUCUACUUUGUUGUGUUGACUUCCUGUUUCAUCUAGUUGAAACUCUAGUUCGGUUUUUCAACAAGUAUGCCUAUGUCCAGAUUGCAGUGUAUGGAAAAGGAUUCAACAGAUCAGCAAGAGACGCAUGGGAACUGUUUCAAUCAACAGGUGUAGAGGCACUUGUUGCAUAUGAUUGUUCAGGUGCUGUGCUUCUAAUGGGAACCAUCUUUGGUGGACUAAUCACAGGCUCUUGCAUUGGUAUAUGGGCUUGGAUUAAAUACAGUGACAGAGUUAUCAUGGUUGGUUCUACUGCUAUGUUGAUGGGAAUGGUCCUUGUGGGUCUAGGAAUGGUUGUAGUGGAGAGCGCGGUGACAUCGAUAUACAUAUGUUUUGCUGAAGAUCCUUUGUUGAUUCAGAGAUGGGAUGAUAAUUUCUUCAAUGAGAUGUCUGAGAUGCUUCACCGUAGGCUUCAGCAUCGUAGCGCUAGAGCCCGUGAAGUUUUGACUACGGCUUGA